CUUCUCUUCUUAACAUUUCUUUUCCAUCUUUCAGGCAACUUAUUCUACGACAUCGCUCUCCUCUUCCUAAACAAGCCCAUGGACCCGGCGCCCAACAUCGGCGUGGCUUGUCUCCCGCCUCCCAAACGACUGCAGACCGCUGGCACCAGGUGCUUCGCUUCGGGCUGGGGGAAAGACAAGUUCGGGAAGGCUGGGCGGUACCAGGUUAUUCUGAAGAAGGUGGAACUCCCAGUAGUUAAGCACAGCACAUGCCAAGGUCUCCUGCGGAAGACGCGUCUGGGCCGUUUGUUCGAACUGCACAGAAGCUUCAUGUGCGCUGGUGGUGAAGCUGGUAUUGAUACGUGCAAGGGAGACGGAGGCUCGCCGCUCGUCUGUCCUAUGGAGUUCGAGACCGACCGCUACGUGCAAGCCGGCAUGGUUGCUUGGGGCAUCGGCUGCGGCGAGAACGGCACCCCCGGCGUUUAUGUCGACGUGUCUGUCCUGCGCGACUGGAUCGACGACAAGAUGGCCGGCAAGGGAUACGGCGAUGAGAUGACUUACGCUAGAUACUAAGCUCCAAAGAUAAGCCUUGAUCACACGUACCGAGUAAACGGGCGAGACAGUAAAAUGUUUGCUCGGUCGAGACAGUUGGGUUAGCGAGUCACAUACUCGAGCGCUCGGCCGAGCACUCGGCGUAAUGUUCAUACACACCGAGUACUCGGCCGAUAGCACUGUCUCGCCCGUUUGCUCGGUACGUGUGAUCAAGGCAAUAAAGUCAAGUUUUGUGGUGUAUUAUGGUCUUUGUUACAGUUUUGUUUUUCACAGCUCAUGCUAGAACUCAAGGUUUAGAAGGAAAUGACUCUAUGAUAUGAUAUUAAGUUAGGCUCCAAAGACAAAGUUUUGUGGUCUUUAAAGGACGCACACUUAUCAACACGGAAACGGAUCGUAACCGUAUCAACUCGAGGUGGACGGUAUUCUUUGUAUGAAAUUCCGUUCUGCAACGUUUACUUAUCCGCACCGUAACGUAAACGACUCGCCUCGCGGUUGACAGCGCGCAAAAGGCGAUACGGUGUUGAUCCCUUUCCGGGUUGAUAUGUGUGCUAUGACCUUAACAUGGCCUUACCGUUCACAGUUCUCGAGUAUCCUCAGUCAAACAGGAUUUGAUGAAAAAAUGAUUUAAAUUUAGAUUUAUAGACACGAAUGUUCUUAGUUUUAUAAUUCACACUUAAU